AAACUAACAUGUUAAUCUUGAAAAGCAAUAAAUAAAACAUGUUAAUAUUGAACAUUACCAUUCUCUUACCAUUUCUUUUCUUAACAAUUCUCUUACUACGAUUUCAGUCAGAGAGAGAAGCAUUUGCAGUGGGAAUCGUGAAACGACGACGUUAGGAUGUUUAGGAAUCAGUACGAUACGGAUGUGACGACAUGGAGUCCGGCGGGACGGUUGUUCCAGGUGGAGUACGCCAUGGAAGCUGUCAAGCAAGGUUCUGCCGCCAUAGGGCUUCGAUCUAAGACCCAUGUGGUAUUGGCCUGUGUCAACAAGACCAAUUCCGAGCUUUCUUCUCACCAGAAGAAGAUCUUCAAGGUCGAUGACCACAUCGGCGUCGCCAUUGCCGGUCUCACUGCUGACGGUCGGGUUCUCUCCCGCUACAUGCGAUCCGAGUGCAUCAAUUAUAACUACACCUACGAAUCCCCUCUCCCCGUUGGCCGACUCGUUGUUCAACUCGCCGAUAAAGCCCAGGUGUGCACUCAACGCUCAUGGAAACGACCUUACGGUGUUGGAUUGCUAGUUGGUGGAUUGGAUGAAUCUGGAGCUCACCUCUAUUACAACUGCCCAAGUGGUAACUACUUUGAGUAUCAGGCUUUUGCCAUAGGGUCUCGCUCACAAGCUGCAAAAACGUACUUGGAACGCAGGUUUGAGAGCUUCAAGGACUCAUCACGGGAGGAGUUGAUUAAAGAUGCACUCAUUGCAACUAGGGAGACCUUGCAGGGUGAAAAGCUGAGGAGUUCCAUCUGUACAAUUGCUGUGGUAGGAGCUGGAGAGGCAUUCCACAUAUUAGAUCAGGAGACCGUGCAAAAGUUGAUUGAUGCAUUUGAGAUUGUGACAGAGGAAGAAGAGGUUCCAGCAGCUGAACCUGGUCCUGAUGCUGAUCAGGAUGCUGCACCAGCAGAGGGUACUGCACCAGCAGAGGAUGCUGCAGCUGAAGAAGGUGCGGCUCCAAUGGAUAUUUGAGGAUGCUAUAAACCAAUUUGUUUUUCCUUGCCCAGAAAUGAGGUUUUCUAGCAUGUGUUUGUUAGAGUAACACUGUUGGUACACAAUUGAAAAUGACAUUUGGAUUACCCUUUAUUCCUCCCAUGUUUUUAAAUUAUGCAAUAUGCUGGCCUUUUUUUUU